UUUCGCCAAAGAGUACUAGUUUUAAAACAUUUACCAAAAUGUUGCAAUCAACGAAGCUCUUGCUGUUGGCAGUAAUAUUCAUGGUAAUCGGAGGUAACCAGUUGAUGGCGAAAUUCAUAGGACCUUCAAUCAGCCAAAAUUUUAACUAUACCAACACAAAAGGACCAGUUGUGUCGGCAAGCUCUCCUAAUCCUAUAACAACAACAGUUCGGUCGACAACUUCUCCCAAACCAAAGACAACAAAGGUAACCGUUAUUUCGACAACCUCACCGAAGCCUAAGACAACAAAGAAAACCGUUAUUUCGACAACCACUCCGAAGCCCAAAACAACAGAAGCUCCAAACGCAUAUAACCAUCCGAAAUUUCACUUGGCCAAGCAAAAGUUGAAUUGGUUUGGUGCCACUGUUUACUGCAAGGAGAGAAAUUGGAAACUCAUCGUUUUGGACUCUGAGAAAAUCAGGAAGGAGUUUGAAAGCUAUCUUACUAAAUACAACUUGAGAAAGUAUCCCUUCUGGACAGCGGGUAAUCAAUUGGCCGAUAUGAAAACUUGGCGUUGGGGUCUGGAUGGAUCAAAACUCACAUAUAGUCAUUGGGCAAAACAUCAACCGGAUAAUUAUAAAAAUCAACAACAUUGCAUAAAAUUAUUUGCAAACAGUUUAGAAUGGGACGAUGAUACUUGUGAGAGAGCUAUAAAUUUUGUUUGCUUAAAACAUUAAUUUUGGAAUAAAUGCAAUUGAUCUUA